CGUAGCUUAGUUUCCUCCUACUUAACACCCCCAAUCUUUCAGCUUCAUCAACCACAAAUUAGCUGAUUUCAUUCUCCUUCCAAACAAUUCAGUCCAUCGCAUUCCCCAGCAAACUUCUAUCUCUCAUAUCUCAAUUUCAAGAACUCUCACAAUCGCUCCAGAAUACCUGCAAGUAUUUAUAAUCUACCAAAUCAACAGUUCUUCCACAACCCAUUCUCAUAAAUUCAAGAAACCGAAAUUAUUUUCACAGAGGUCCUACAGAAGAGGAUAUUUAGGCUCUUGAUCAGCUGAGUUAUAUUGUUUGGAUUUUCUCCUAAUCAGAUUGAGCAACUGGUGGUGACGUGCGAGGCUGAGGAAAGGUUGUUGCUGUAAUAUUGAAGAACACUAUGUUUUACUUCCGCUGAAACAAAUUCACUUGUUCCACCAGUACCAGGUGGUUGGAAAAGCUCUGCCCACGAAGACGGAAAACCUUCUUUUCGGAGAGCAGAGCAGUAAUCAAUGGCGGAGGAAGUGAGCAACAAACAGGUGAUAUUCAAGGGCUACAUAAAUGGAUAUCCCAAAGAAUCUGAUAUGAUUCUGAAAACCUCGACAAUCAAACUGAAGGUGCCGGAAGGCUGCAGCGACGCCGUUUUGGUGAAGAAUCUCUACUUGUCCUGCGAUCCUUACAUGCGCAGCCGCAUGACCAAAACCGACCACAACUAUAUUCCUGUCUUUACCCCUGCCUUGCCAAUUAUAGGAGCCGGAGUGGCCAAAGUGCUGGAUUCUUCUAAUCCCAAUUUCAAGAAAGAUGAGUUGAUUUGGGGUAUGACUGGAUGGGAAGAAUAUAGUCUUAUUAAAUCCACAGAGGGCCUUUUCAAAAUUCAGGAUACAGAUGUUCCUCUCUCCUACUACACUGGAAUUCUUGGGUGGUCUGGGCUAUCUGCUUAUGUUGGGAUUUAUGAGAUAUCAUGUCCGAAACAAGGAGAAACAGUCUUCAUUUCUGCUGCUUCGGGAGCUGUUGGUCAGAUUGUUGGCCAGUUUGCGAAGCUUUUAGGCUGCUAUGUCGUCGGAAGUGCUGGCACCAAAGAUAAAGUGGAUCUGUUGAAGACCAAAUUUGGGUUUGAUUAUGCAUUUAACUAUAAAGAAGAAGCUGAUCUGAAUGCAGCUUUAAAGAGAUAUUUCACGAAAGGGAUUGACAUAUACUUUGAUAACGUGGGAGGAGAGAUGCUGGAAGCGGCUCUUCUCAACAUGAAGUUGAAUGGUCGAAUUGUUGCGUGUGGGAUGAUCUCACAAUAUAACCUCCAAGAGUCACAAGGCGUCAAAAACUUGUUUAAAAUUGUAGCACAGGAAAUUCGUAUGCAGGGGUUCAUGGUUUCCAACUACGUGCAUCUCUUUCCCAAGUUUCUCGAUUUCAUUCUGCCACUUAUAAGAGAAGGAAAGAUUAGAUAUGUGGAGGACGUCGCCCAAGGGCUCGAAAGCGCACCGGCUGCGUUGGUAGGCCUCUUCUCCGGCCACAACGUCGGCAAGCAGAUCGUGCGUCUCGCAUCCCACUAGCUAAUGUUAAUUGUCUCGCUCUCACACCACUUCUGUGUUUUUGUUUUUCGAUUUAUAGCAUGUCAGUUGUGAUCACAUAACAUAUUAACACUAGCUAUGUGGAUUGUUUGUUUCGACAAUAUUGUGAUGCAUGCAUUUUUUGUGAUAUUAUAAUGUUACGGAGUCAUAUUCCACCAUAA